AAUGGUGAUAACCUUCAUUAUCACACAUUUAACUUUUUGUCACUUGAAGUAAUUUUGAGCUCUUGAUUUUUGUCAAAAUUCGUGCCUCUUCACAGUUUCUCGAUUUCUUUCUGUGCUGAUAACGCGGACGUAAGGUUUGAGAAGAGCGGUUUCCCUCUUUUUCAAUUGCCGGCGACUUGUUAUUGAGGAGCUUUAGCUUGCAUGUUAUCACCUCUAGUCUCAUCAGUAGCCAGGAGGUUUUAUUGCAGCUCUAGAAUGGUUGGGAAAAAUGCUUUCAUUGUGCUCGCUGAAGGAGCAGAAGAAAUGGAAUUCGUAGUUUCUGCCGAUAUUUUAAGGCGGGCUGGUAUCAAAGUUUGUGUAGCCGGUCUGAAAGGAACUGAUCCAGUGAAGUGUAGCCGAGAUGUGUACAUUAAGCCAGAUCUUAGCUUUGAUGAAGCGCUGAAGAAUGGACCAUACGAUGUUGUUGUUCUGCCUGGAGGACCUGCGUACAAAGUCUUAGCUCAGUCAUCUGAAGUUGGAGCUUUAUUAAAGGAGCAAGAGAAAGCAAACCGGUUGAUUGCAGCAAUUUGUGCAGCCCCAGUUGUUUUGAAAUCUCAUGGUAUUGGCGCCGGAAAAGAAGUCACCUCCUACCCCUCGGUGAAAGGAGAAUUCGAAGGUACAAGUUACAAGUACAACGAGUCAAGCAAUGUAGUUGUUGAUGGUAAUAUUGUGACUAGUCGAGGGCCCGGUACUGCAUAUGAAUUUGCUUUAGAAAUUGUCAAGAUAUUGUUGGACGAAGCAGCAAGCCAAAAAGUUGCAGAUGCUCUCCUGUGGAAGAAGUGAAGCAUUCUCAAUACUGUCUAUGGUUUUGUAUUUUUAUACUGGCACCUUUAAUGGGAAUUCUAUGUAAUUGUGCUUCAUCCAUCAAUUUCAACCCAAAUUAACAUCUCUUCAGAUUUAUUGGGUUUUUCUGUUUUGGGAAAAUGAAAGUUUGUUGAAAUUUACUCUUCAAGAUUCUAUAUCCGAAGUUUUAGGUUACUGAGAAGUGAGAAGCAAUUCCAUUUUAAGAAAAGAAUGUCUUCUUUGAUUUAUACUGAUGUACUUAGAUGCUAUAAAUAAACCUAUCGAUAAAAGUGAGUUUAUAAAGAAGAAUCCAUUAAUUCACUGUGGUAGACAUUAAACAUCCGUCUGCUCCGUUUAUAUGUUCUUUUAAAGAAUAAAAUUACUUAGAAUCACAAA